GCUCGUUGCUGUGACCAUCUCGUUCCCCCGCAGGCGCCCUCGAUCCCCAGCAUCGCACGUCUGAUCACUGCCUCCCGCUUCAAUUCCCGCGCCCUGUCGCCUCAAUUGGGCGCCCCGCACCGUGCCAGUGGCUGGCAGCAUAGGAGCCGAGGCAGGGAGAGCGGCACCACCUCGCCACUAUGAUGCAAGCGCCGGUCACGGUGCUGCAGGCCAACACCAAGCGGGACACGGGAAAGAAGGCGCAGUAUGGCAACAUCAUGGCGGGCAAGGCCGUGGCCGACAUUGUGCGCACCACGCUGGGCCCGCGCGCCAUGCUCAAGAUGCUGCUGGACGCCAACGGCGGCAUCGUGCUGACCAACGACGGCAACGCCAUCCUGCGGGAGAUCGACGUGAGCCACCCCGCGGCCAAGAGCAUCAUCGAGCUGAGCCGCACGCAGGACGAGGAGGUGGGCGACGGCACCACCUCCGUCAUCAUCCUGGCCGGCGAGAUGCUGGCGGCGGCGGAGCCAUUCCUGGAGCGCAACCUGCACCCCACCACCAUCAUCAGGCCAGCGGGGUAUGUGCGGGCGCUGGAGGACGCGGUGCGGGUGGUGGACGAGGUCUGCUUCCCCAUCGACACCAACGACCGCCAGCAGAUGCUCAACAUCGUCAACAGCUGCAUAGGCACCAAGUUCACAAUGCGCUUUGGCUCGCUCAUCGCGGAGCUGGCGCUGGAUGCGGUGCAGACCAUCACGGUGGACCAUGGGGAGGGGCGGCGGGAGAUCGACAUCAAGAAGUACGCCAAGGUGGAGAAGAUCCCGGGCGGCGACAUCCAGGACAGCCGGGUGCUCAGGGGCGUGAUGUUUGAGAAGGAUGUGGUGGUGCCCGCACGCAUGCGGCGCAAGAUCCACAGCCCACGCAUCCUGCUGCUGGACUGCCCGCUGGAGUACAAGAAGGGGGAGAACCAGACCAAUGUGGAGCUGAUGAAGGAGGAGGACUGGGCCACGCUGCUGAAGAUGGAGGAGGAGUGGGUGCAGCGUACCUGCGAGCAGAUUGCCUCCUUCAAGCCAGACCUGGUCAUCACGGAGAAGGGCCUGAGCGACCUGGCCGCCCAUUACCUCAUGAAGGCCGGCAUCACCUCCAUCCGCCGCCUGCGCAAGACGGACAACAACCGCAUCGCGCGCGCCUGCGGCGCCACCAUCGUCAGCAGGCCGGAUGAGAUCCGGGAGGCAGACAUCGGCACAGGCGCGGGCCUCUUUGAGGUUCGCAAGAUUGGGGAUGAGUUCUACACAUUCAUCGUCGACUGCAAGGACCCCAAGGCAUGCAGCGUGGUGCUGCGGGGCGCGUCCAAGGAUGUGCUGAACGAGGUGGAAAGGAACCUGCAUGAUGCCAUGGGCGUGGCGCGCAACGUGUGCAUAGACCCGCGGCUAGUGCCGGGCGGUGGCGCGGUGGAGAUGGCGGUGUCGCGGGGGCUGGCGGAGCGGGCCAACAGCGGCGCUGUGGAGGGCGUGGAGCAGGGCCCGUACCGCGCGGUGGGCCAGGCGCUGGAGGUCAUCCCGCGCACCCUGGCCCAGAACUGCGGCGCCAACGUGAUACGCACCCUCACCAAGCUGCGGGCCAAGCAUGCAGAGGAUGCCGCCUGCACCUACGGAAUCGACGGCAACAGCGGGCAGAUCGUCGACAUGAAGGAGCUGGGGGUGUGGGAGGCGUACCAGGUCAAGGUGCAGACCAUUAAGACGUCCAUUGAGGCCGCCACCCUGCUGCUGCGCAUCGACGAUAUCGUGUCGGGGCUGAAGAAGCGGGACAAGCUGGGGCCCGGGCAGAGCAGCAAGCCGCAGGUGGACGACGGCGAGAACGUGGACAGCGAGCAAAUGCUGGCCGACUGAGGCGGCGGCGAGCGCUCGGCUCGGCGCCUCCGGGCGCCGGGCCACGCCUUGGUUGCAGAGGCGGCGGCGGCGGCGGCCUCCAUUUGCUCAUGCAUGCAUCGUUGCAACGACGCACCCUGCACCUGUCGCAUUUAUCUUAUCGCUGACCUGUCAGCCUGACUCUCG